CGUGUGUGAAACCAAAACUUGAUAGAGAAAUGGAGAGGGGGCAGGGACGAGAUAAAAAAAAGGAGUGAGAGAGAGGGGGCGGGGACAGCAAUUGGGAUGUUUCCUCCCAACUAAUCUUCUGCACUGAUCGAAACCAUUAGUCCUCACCCAAUUUCUGGAAACAGUCGGGUUCUGAAGAAAAGAGAAGGGUGGGUUGGUGGGAGCUUAUGAACAAAUUGAAUUGGCGACCAUUGCAGUUCUCUAUUAAGAUAUGUCAGCAGCGCAACCAAAGAGAAUUCAUCCAACAAAUCCACUCCUCAGUAAAUAAUGGGGUACCCAUAUUCUCCAUUGUUGCUGGGAAUAGACAUUUGGAUGGUUUAUCAAAAUCUGGACGAGUCGUUGAAGCCCGUCAUCUGUUUGAUGAAAUGCCAGAGCGGGAUGAGUUCACUUGGAAUACCAUGAUUGCUGCGUAUGCCAGAUCAGGACGACUAACUGAAGCUCGUCAGCUUUUUGAUGAGACCCCAUAUCGGAGUUCUAUUGCAUGGUCUUCCCUUAUCUCUGGGUAUUCUCGUUUGGGAUGUGGGAAGGAAGCGCUUGAGUUGUUUUGGGAAAUGCAAUUGGAAGGACUCAAGCCCAACCAAUACACAUUGGGCAGUGUUCUUCGUGCCUGCUCCAUUGCUGUGGCACUCCGAAGAGGGAAACAAAUCCAUGCUUAUGCUAUCAAAACUCAAUUUGAUACAAAUGUUUUUGUUGUUACAGGACUUGUGGACAUGUAUGCUAAGUGCAAGCAAGUUUUGGAGGCAGAGUAUUUAUUCAGGACCAUGCCUGACAAAAAUAAUCAUGUGUUGUGGACUGCCAUGGUCACUGGAUACUCUCAGAAUGGGGACCCGAUUAAAGCAAUGCAAUGUUUCCGUGGCAUGAGGUUGGAAGGCGUUGGGUCAAAUCAGUUCACCUUUCCCAGUGUCUUAACUAGUUGUGCAGCAGCUCUGGCCCUUGGAUUUGGAAUGCAGGUGCAUGGUUGCAUAAUUCAGAGUGGUUUUGGGGCAAAUAUAUUUGUUGAGAGUGCAUUAGUUGAUAUGUAUGCAAAAUGUAGGGACUUGAAUAGUGCACGGAGGGUAUUGGAGGCUAUGGAGGUUGAAGACAUUGUUUCUUGGAAUUCUUUGAUUGUUGGCUGUGUGAGGCUAGGGUUGGAAGAAGAAGCACUUUCCUUGUUUAAGAUGAUGCACUUGAAAAAUAUGAAGAUGGAUGAUUUCACUUAUCCAUCUGUUCUAAAUUCGUUUGCCUCCAUUAUGGAUAUACAAAAUGCUCGGUCUGUUCAUUGCUCGAUUGUGAAAACUGGUUUUGAAUGUUACAGACACGUGAGCAAUGCUCUUGUAGACAUGUAUGCAAAACAAGGAAGUUUAGAUUGGGCUGCCAGAGUUUUCAAUAAAAUGCCUGAGCAGGAUGUGGUGUCAUGGACUUCACUGAUCACUGGAUACACACACCAUGGGUCCCAUGAAGAAGCACUGAUGUUAUUCUGUGAUAUGAGAAUUGCAGGCAUUGAUCCGGACCAAUUUGUCAUUGCCAGCAUUUUGAGUGCCUGUGCUGAACUAACAGUUCUAGCGAUUGGGAGACAAGUACAUGCCAACUUUGUUAGAUAUGGCUUUCAAUCAUCAUUAUCUGUAGAGAAUUCACUGGUAACUAUGUAUGCCAAAUGCGGGUGUAUAGAGGAUGCUUAUCGAGUAUUUGACUACAUGUCAAUCCGGGACGUGGUCUCUUGGACUGCUUUGAUUGUUGGCCUUGCUAAGAAUGGUAGGGGAAAAGACUCCCUUCUACUUUAUGAGAAUAUGAUCACGACUGGCACAAGCCCUGACUUUGUUACUUUCAUUGGCUUGCUGUUCGCUUGCAGCCAUGCAGGUCUUGUUGAUGACGGUUGCCGCUACUUCCAGUCCAUGGAUAUGGUCCAUGGUAUUGCACCUGGUCCUGAACACUAUGCUUGUAUAAUUGAUCUUCUUGGGAGAUCUGGGAAGAUAGAUGAAGUGAAGGAAUUGCUGAAUCAAAUGACAGUUAAACCUGAUGCAACUAUAUGGAAGGCAGUGCUAGCUGCAUGUAGGAUCCAUGGGAACUUGGAGUUGGCUGAGGGAGCGGCAAGGAACCUAUUUGAAUUGGAACCCUCCAACGCAGUGCCAUAUGUUCUUUUAUCUAAUAUUUAUUCAGCAGCUGGUAGAUGGGAUGAUGCUGCAAAUGUGCGCAGACUGAUGAAGUCAAAAGGUAUUACUAAGGAGCCUGGAUGUAGUUGGAUUGAGAUGAACAGCAGAAUACACACAUUUAUGGCUGAAGAUAGAAGCCACCAAAUGAUGUCAGAAAUAUAUGCCAAGCUCAAUGAGAUCAUGAUCUCAAUUAAGAAAGCUGGGUAUGUGCCAGACAUGGAUUGUGUGCUCCAUGACAUGGAUGAAGAGGGUAAGGAGCUUGGUCUUGCUUAUCAUAGCGAGAAGUUGGCUGUUGCUUUUGGGCUCCUUGGCAUGCUUCCUGGAGUGCCUAUUAGGAUUUUCAAGAAUCUCCGUGUGUGUGGGGAUUGUCACACUGCUAUGAAAUUCAUAUCGAAAGUUUUUGAACGGCAUAUUAUCUUAAGGGAUCCAAAUUGUUUUCAUCAUUUCAGUGAGGGAACAUGCUCUUGUAAAGAUUAUUGGUAGAUCAUCGCACUUGCAUCUUUUAAUGUGCUCUCUUAAAGCCGAGAUUCUUGAAGAUAGGGAUAACAAUCUAACUCUCGAUCAGGCUAUUGAGAAUCUAAAAAAAACUCGAGAGAGAAAAGAUGGUUAACAACUUGGUUAAAUAUGUUUACGGAGCUGAAAUGUCAGGAGAUGAAGAUGAAGGUCUGUUUGAAGACAAUGCCAAGAAAUCCAGAAAAAAUGCUCUGAAAGACAAUGCCCCCCCUCUGCCUCAAUAUCUUCCCCAUUUUCUGAGGGUUCUUGAAUCUGCUGCAAGCUAUGGAUAUGAGAACAGAGAAGACUCAGUGUCUUCUUAGGGAUUCCAAUGUUUGAAUCUUCAGAUGUUGAAGAUUUUGACUCCCAAUGGUUUCAGUUAAUUCAUAUAUCAAAAGUUUUAAAACCAUAGUUCAAUGAUUACCUUCUCCCUGCAUCCUCUGCCGGUCGAAAACAUUAGUGAGCUUUUUAUUGUAGAAGGAACCUUGGAAGAAAUGCUUAAUGUGAAUCACUGCCUGAUUGGCGUGAAGUAUCCAUUCAAGCUGGACUACUUGAUUUCAGGUAAGAUAGAAAUAGGUGCCAAGGAACUGAAAUUGCCUAUUAUAAGACGGCAGGUCUGAUUAGUGUCAACCUAGUACGAGUUAUUUCUGAUGUAUGUGUGAAGGCAUUGUAUUCUGGUCUUCCUGAGAUGACUACUAUCGGCCCAUGGUGACUGGCAAAA